AUGGCUGCUCCCGAAGUCCACCACCUGUUCCACAACCCCAUUGCCGACCACUCCUUCUCGGCCGACCACGCAACCCUCGCUGUGGCUCGCGACUCGACCGUCGAGCUCUACGGCAAGGCUGGAAACGCCUUCAAGCUCAAGGACGUGCUCAAGGGCCAUGACAAGACGGUCACCAGCGUCGACAUUGCCCCGAACAGCGGCCGCAUCGUGUCUUGCUCUCAGGACCGAAAUGCGCUCGUCUGGGAGCCCUCUCCUACCGGAUACAAGCCCACGCUGGUGCUUCUACGAAUCAGCCGCGCCGCCACGUUCGUCCGAUGGUCGCCUUCCGAGACCAAGUUCGCCGUCGGCUCCGGCGACCGCGUCAUUGCCGUCUGCUACUUCGAGGAGGAAAACGACUGGUGGGUCUCGAAGCACCUGAAGAAGCCGAUCCGCAGCACCAUCACCAGCGUUGCGUGGCACCCCAACUCUGUGCUCCUCGCGGCGGGCUCCACGGAUGCCCACGCCCGGGUGUUCUCGGCCUUUGUCAAGGGUGUCGACGAGCGCCCUGAGCCUGGUGUCUGGGGCGAGCGAUUGCCCUUCAACACUGUCUGCGGAGAAUACAUGAACAACUCUGCUGGCUGGGUUCACUCUGUGUCGUUUUCCCCCAGCGGAAAUGCCCUCGCAUUUGCUGCUCACGACAGCAGCAUCACGGUCGUCUACCCUAGCGGUCCGGAGCAGCCUCCCAGGGCUGUGCUGAGCGUCCCGACCCAGCUUCUGCCCUUCAAGAGCUUGAUCUGGAAGGCUGAAGACGAGAUCAUUGCCGCCGGCUACGAUUGCGAGGCUUUCCGUUUCCAGGGAAGCGAAGGGGGCUGGCAGCUCGUGGGGACUGUCGAGUCCAAGGGUAGCGCCGGUCACGGCGAGCAGCGCGAGGAGUCUGCCUUGAACAUGUUCAGGCAGAUGGACCUCAAGGGAAAGGUCAAGGACGACACACAGCUCAAGACGAUCCACCAGAACACGAUUGCCACCAUCAGGCCCUACGAGGAGUCUGGUGGCAGAGUCACCAAGUUCAGCUCCAGCGGUGUUGAUGGACGAGUGGUGAUUUGGACUGCUUAG